CGUGGAGAGGAUCCAAACAUACACCUGCGUCUAGAAUCCAGCAUUAACCCGUGCAGGGCUGCAGCCUCUCUGCAGAGAGGUCAGAGCAAAGGGGUCAGACACUGAACCUGAUGAUCCUGAUCCCACUCAUCAUCAUGCUGUGAUCCCACUUCAAGCCUUAUUCAUACACUCUGUUUUUUUGGGCCUUCAAUCUCUGCCUUAUACACGUCUCAUCUUGAUGCACGGCCUCAUAGUGUUGUUACUGGUCAAGUCCCAGCCAGCUGCGAGCUUCCCCAGGCCUGUGCGGCUCACCUGGCUGCUGCUGACCAUCACCUUCACCUGCACGGCCAUGGGCUGCAUCCAGAGCAUCGCCUGUAACAAGUCGCGCAUCAAGCGCGAGAACAUCGCCGUGCAGGACCUGUGCGCCGCCAUCGACCACUGCCCCACCGUCAUCGAGGAGAACUCGCCCAUCGUGCUCCGGUACAAGACGCCCUAUUUCAAAGCCUCUGCAAGGAUCGUCAUGCCCCCGAUUCCUCGCAGCGAGACGUGGGUGCUGGGCUGGAUCCAGGCUUGCACCCACAUGGAAUUUUACAACACCUACGGCGACGUCGGCAUGUCGAGCUGGGAGCUGCCUCAGCUGCGAGAAGGUCUGGUGAGGGCCAUCAGCGACUCAGACGGCAUCAGCUACCCCUGGUACGGAAACACCACAGAGACCGUUACCAUCGUCGGCCCUACUUCUAAGCCAUCCCGCUUCAUCGUCAGUAUGAACGACAACUUUUACCCCAGCGUCACCUGGGCCGUCCCAGUCAGUGAAUCCAACACGCCCUUACUGACAAACAUCAAACGGGACCAGAGCUUCACCACCUGGCUGGUGGCGCUGAACACCACGUCUAAGGAAAAGAUCCUGCUCCACACCAUCAAGUGGAGAAUGAGGGUGGAUAUCGUGGUGGAUCCGUCCCUACCUUUGGGUUCCAGAGCCAGACUGGUUGGGCGGAUAUAUCAGGAUCAGCCACGGGUGCUGACUCGCAUGGAGCCCAUCCCUCUGAAUGCCAUGGGGAGGCCAAAUGCCAACGAUGCCCAGGUUCUGAUGUGGAGGCCGAGGAGGGGCCCUCCGCUUGUUGUCAUACCACCCAAGUAGAAACAACAAGACCAUCUAAAUUGGCCCCUUUUUUGAUAUCUCACAGUAGGCCACAUCUGUCAUGUAACAGAUGACCCAAAAAGAUGAAGAAAGACUAAAGCAGACAAAUGGAGGUUUUAAAGGAGACAUAUUAUGCAUUUUCGUCCCGCAAGUUGAAACUAGAUCCUGAGGUCCGUGCCAUAGAGUACUACAGCUCCCCUUUCAAUCAUGAACUAACAGCUUCUUUCAUAGCAGCUGGUUUUAGGGGGUGUAGUGAGCUAUCCAACCCCAGUCUUUCUCUUCCAUGGCUUGUGCCUUAUUUGAGAUCUGUCCUACAGCUUUGAGCUCCCAUGCAAAUGAAAUUUGGACACAAAUUACUCUUAGUUCCUCGAAGCAUAUUCUUAUAAAAUGCGAGAACAUAAAUAAGCUGAGGGCUCACACUAGAAAUUUGAAGCAUAUUUGACUAGCAAUUUUACUCUGAAAUACUCAAAAUUCUCUCCCUUCCUCCAUGGACAGUUGAUACUAAUUGUUGCAAGUUGCGUGUUGAACUGGGUUGUUUAAACACUGCACAACAGAUGGGAAUAUUGAAGUUAGGAAAAAGCUAUCUAAUUAGUUAAAAUAGUUUAAAGUGUUCAACACAACACAAUAAACAA